CAACGAAGUCCCCCUGCCGAUCCCAGUAGUUCUUGGGAAAUGGAGUCCAAGCUGCCUCAAAGCUUAACGUCCCGAGUUACCUUGAGACUCCAUUCCCCAGCAGGCUCAGCGUGUAGCGUGCGCUAUGGAGCCGCAAGUCGCAGAGCUGAAGCAGAAGAUUGAGGACACGUUGUGCCCUUUUGGCUUCGAGGUUUACCCCUUCCAGGUGGCAUGGUACAAUGCACUCCUGCCUCCAGCCUUCCACCUGCCCCUGCCAGGACCUACCCUGGCCUUCCUGGUACUCAGCACACCUGCCAUGUUUGACCGGGCCCUCAAGCCCUUCCUGCAGAGCUGCCACCUCCAACCACUGACUGACCCUGUGGACCAGUGUGUGGCCUACCACCUGGGCCGUGUUAGAGAGAGCCUCCCAGAGAUGCAAGUAGAAGUCAUCGCUGACUAUGAGGUACACCCGAACCGGCGCCCCAAGAUUCUGGCCCAGACAGCAGCCCAUGUGGCAGGGGCAGCUUAUUACUACCAACGACAGGAUGUGGAGUCUGACCCCUGGGGAACCCAGCACAUAUCAGGUGUGUGCAUACAUCCCAGAUUUGGGGGCUGGUUUGCCAUCCGAGGGGCAGUGCUGCUGCGAGGAAUAGAGGUGCCGGAUCUGCCACCCACCAAGCCCCUCGACUGUGUACCUGCAAGAGCUGACCGGAUCACCCUGCUUGAACGCUUCAACUUCCAUUGGCGUGACUGGACUUACCGGGAUGCUGUGCCACCUCAGGAGCGCUACUCAGAAGAGCAGAAGGCCUACUUUUCCACUCCGCCUGCCCAACGCUUGGCCUUAUUGGGCUUGGCCCAGACCUCAGAGGAGCCUAGCUCUACAUCCCAAGAGCUUCACUUUACCACAUUCAUACCCAGGAAGCCUCAGAAUCCCAGCAGAGGCUGGCUAAGCCCCAGGGUCUCACCACCUGCAUCCCCUGGCCCUUGAUACCCUCCCUCCCCUGUGGGAUCCUCAUUUAUGACAGUGGCACCUGCUGGGACUUAUUUGGCUAGAUAAGAUUUUACUGGGUACAAGAUGAUCAUUUUUGAUAAAGAAUUAUAGUAGAGAUCUUAAAUGAAGAUAACAAGGCUUAAAGAAGUUUGGUCAAAAGACCAAAGCAGAUCCAGACUUGCCACCUGCCUUGGAAUAUGGGAUUAUUACCUGUUACCAUUUCUCUGCAGUGCUUCAAGAUGCUACUUGUUACAGGGCUUAAGAAGCAACUAUCCCCUAAAUAACGGUACCUGCCUCAGAGAGUUAUUAUGGAGACUGAAUAAAUACGAAAUAGUGCCUGGCAUAUAAUAAGCUAUUAUUAAAGGCCCCAGGAAUCCUA